GUCAGCUGAAAAGUCACAUGACAGACAUUUUCGAUUUCAGACAUACAGGAAGAUCCUGAUCGAGAAGUCGGAAACUAACAUAUAUUUACGUUUUCCAGCUUUACAGAAUGUUUCUGUCCAUAUCGAAAUCGUCGUGAUCAACAGGCGUUCACAUUAUGAAUUAGCUGUUUACACCAGCGCACCCAAAUAUUCGUUUCAGGUUGUCAUCGAGCUAAAGACCUCCAGCCAACAUGAGUCCGGAGGGAAAGACCCUGCUCAACGUCGUCGUCCUGGGCUUGGGCUUCAUGGUUAUGUUCACUGCCUUUAGCACCUGCGGGAAUAUUGAACAAACUGUAAUAAAGAGUUUCAACAGUACAGAGUUUCAUGGAAGUGGCUACACAAGCUUGGCGAUUAUCUACACGGUAUUCUCUGCCUCUAACCUUAUAGCGCCCUCAGUGAUAGCUGUUGUUGGACCUCAGCUGUCUUUGUUUUUUAGUGGAAUUGUUUACAGUGCUUAUAUUGCUGUUUUCAUCCAUCCGUACACUGCCUCAUUCUACACUUUAUCUGUAUUAGUUGGAAUUGCCGCUGCAGUGCUCUGGACGGCCCAGGGGAAUCUGCUCACCAUCAACUCCAAAGAUUCCACCAUUGGGAGAAACAGUGGAAUAUUUUGGGCAUUGAUGCAGUUUAGCUUAUUCUUUGGUAAUCUCUACAUAUAUCUUGCCUGGCAUAGCAAGAGUCACAUAACAGAUAAGGACCGCCAGACAGUUUUCAUCACACUCACGGUCAUCAGUCUGGUGGGCAACUUCCUCUUUUUCCUGAUCCAGCGACCAGACCCAGAACCUGCACCUUCUGAUGCCUCUGAGUCACUUCUACCAACAGACAUCUCUGACAGUACUGAUGUGGUUCCAUCCCAGAGUCUGUGCUCUCAGGCAUUGGAGGCAUUCAAGAGAUCCAUACAGCUGGCUAUGACCAAAGAGAUGCUUUUAUUGAGCAUACCCUUUGCAUACUCUGGUCUCGAGCUUACCUUUUACAGCGGGGUGUAUGGAACAUGUUUAGGGGCCAUGACUCAAUUUGGAGAAGGUGCCAAGGGUCUCAUCGGCCUCUCUGGAAUUUUGAUCGGUGUUGGUGAAAUACUUGGAGGGGGAGUAUUUGGGAUCAUGGAUAAGUGUAACCGUUUUGGCAGAAACCCGGUAGUGUUUUUGGGGCUGAUUACGCACAUCGUGGCAUUCUUCCUCAUCUUCCUCAACAUAGCCAAUGAUGCUCCUGUGGCCCCAGAGGAAGGCACACAAAUGCAAGCUUUUAUCCAACCCAGUGUGGCUUUGGCGCUGAUAUGCAGUUUCUUGCUGGGUCUUGGUGAUAGUUGCUUCAACACUCAGCUCAUCAGCAUUGUGGGAUUCUUGUUCCGGGACGACAGCGCCCCAGCGUUUGCUGUCUUUAAAUUUGUACAGUCCAUCACAGCAGCGGUGGCCUUCUUCUACAGCAACUACCUUCUCCUGCAGUGGCAGCUGCUCAUCAUGGUGCUGGUGGGCUUCUUGGGUACCGUCACCUUCUUUGUGGUGGAGUGGGCUGCUAUCAGCAGACGACAGGACUCCGACUAUGACAGUAUCUGACAGAAACAGUUUGAAGGACUGAAGUGCCAGAACUACCGUCUCAUCUCCAGCCAUCAGCCUCAGUGAGCACAUCUACAAACCAUCUCCAAUGGUCUCUUUCCUCUUUGGUUUCACUCUUAAGACGUCUCCUAAACUCUCAGCUGUUGGAGCACCUAGACCAUGUAUCCAUUCUAAGCGAAUCAGCUGUAUAGACUCGUUUCUUUACUUGCACAUAAAAUAUGUUUACUCCCCAGAUGGGAUCAAGUGCUGUAAUGCAAUAAUAAAUGGUUUGUUUAAAUUUUUACGUUUUCAAAUAGCAUUAUACUGUGCAAUGCCAGUGACCAUCUACCAACUAUGGUCUCAUCGUCUUUCCAACAUUUUCUUGAAAAUUGAACAAGACGUAAAUGACUAUAGACACAAUUUACCCAAAAGUUAAACUUCUGUCAUGAUUUACUCACCCUCAGGUUGUUCCAAAUUGUUUUGUGAAACACAAGGAGACAUGUUUGAAGAAUCUUUAUGCAACUCAUUUUUAACCACAAAUAUGAUUCAUAGUGAAGAUUACAAACAUGACAGUGCCAUAUAAUUGGUCCAUACAACUCAUGCACUAAAUUUCAAGUUUUCUGAAGCCAUGCGAUUGCUUUGUCUCAAAAACAGAUUGAAAUUUAAGCUGUUAAUCUGUCAAAGCUCUAAAAUUUAAUUCAGGAUUCAAACAUGCCUCUUUCUUUUUAGAGGUUCGCCCAAACACAAUUGGUUUUCGUAUGUGUUGUAAGCGAAUGCAACAUACCAAAUUGAAAACCGAGUUUGAAAAAAUGAGAUUUGUGAGCUGCAACCUAAAUUGACCGAAAUUUCAGUCUGUCAUUGGAAGUCUUUUAAACACUGUGCUUUGUCCAUGUUGGAGCUGGACAAAUGUGGUCGCUAUGAAUUGUGUUGGAAAAGAGCUGUGUAAAGAUUCUUCUGAAAUUUAGCUUUUCCCUGAAAAACAAAAAUGAGGAUAUGUAAAUGAAGACAGAAUUUUUAUUUUGAGUGAACUACUCCUUUAAGUAGAUAUUGUACUACUUAAAUUCAGUUAUUGUUGAGAAGUCUGUGGAGGCUUGUUUGCACCAGGGAAUAAAAUAAAAUAGGUAAUUGUGACUUUUUAUCUCACAAUUCUGAGAAAAAAGUCAAAAUUGCAAGAUAAUCUGACAAAUAUGGUCAGAAUUGAGAGAUAUAAACUCACAAUUAUAAGGAAAAAGUGUCAAAAUUGUGAAAUAUUCUGAGAAACACGGUUAGAAUUGACAGAAAUAAACUCGCAAUUAUGAGAAAAAAGUCGAAAUUGCGAGAUAUAAAGCCGCAAUUCUGAGACGUAGUGUCAGAAUUAAGAAAUAUAUGUGAGUUUUAAAGUCUAAAUUGUACGAAGCCCCGCACAUGACGUGGACAUAUAUAUAUAUAUAUAUAUAUAUAUAUAUAUAUAUAUAUAUAUAUAUAUAUAUAUAUAUAUAUAUAUAUAUAUACCACGAAUUAAGAAUUUGUUCAUUCAUAUUAAGUAAAUCUUGUAUCUUGUCCACAUUCUCUCAUUUUGAUUUACCUGAAAAAAGGGAACAAUUUUGAGACAUACGGUCAGAAUUGAGAGAUGUCAACUCACACUUGUGAGUUAUGAAGUCAAUAUUGUACGGAGCCCCACAUAUGACAUGGAGAAUUAUGUUACGAAUUAAGAAUUCAUUCUUUCAUUUUAGUAAAUUGUGGCUACAUUGUGCUAAUUAAUUCCCUUGAUUUAAUUGAACUAAUACAAGGGAACCAAUUAUUACAACAUGGCUGAUAAAAUGAGGGUACAAAUUAGUAAAACACGCCGACGUAUUAGUCAGUUGUGGGAACGAAUUGUUAAUUCAUGGCCACAAUAUACAUUUUUUACUGCAGGGCUCCAUAGAAUUGUGACUUUAUUACUCACAAUUGUGUGUUUAUAUCAGAAUUCUGAGAAAAAAAGUCACAAUUGUGAGAAAAAGUUGCAGUUAACUCUAUUUUGUUUUUGUAUUCAGUGGCGGAAACAAGCUUCCAUAAGUCUUGGUGCAAAUGCAAUAAAUCACUGAGCAAUGAAACAUCAUUUACAUACACUACGCUGUGAGACUGUAGGUGAGAAAUAUGAUUAUAGACUCAAUUUUUAUCUUUCACAACUACAAAACAUGAAACACUCAAUGCACUGUCAGUAGGUAAAUUAAAAUCUUAUUUUAAUUCUUUUUGCCUUUCUUUUUCUUUUUUAAGGAAACACUUUUGCCAAAGAUUGAAGCACUCUUUCUAGAAAUUUGCAUUUUUUUUUUUUUUAAGUUUGUCCUUGUUUAUUUGUGUGAAGUGAAGAAAUAUUUCAAUGAAUCUGAUUACUGAUAUAAUCAAUAGAAAACAGAGAAGAAACUAUUUGAGAAUCGUUAUAAACUGCAUCUGUAUAAUAUCAAGCAACAUGUCAUAAAUAAAUAUUAAUGUACUGAGAAAGGGUUCAGAAAGACCUUUUCUUAAUACAUUCACAAUACAUAUGUUACAAGCUCAUUUGCAUGGGAGCAGAAGCUACAUGUAUGUUAUUAUGGCACGAACGGUUCAGCUGUAUGUGCUUCAAUGCAAUCUAUAGGAUGUUGAGGGAAAAUGACAUGAAUAUCUGGUCAUAUACUUGAAUGUAUCUUGCUGUAAAAAUGGUAACAGCACCUGGAUUUUCUGUUUUCUUUUAUAAAUAUGUGUAUAUAUGGGAUUAAAGACCAUUUUGAGCCUUUGA